AUGGAAUUUCAAAUAGCAAGAGGAGAAAUUUUUCUAAGAGUCACAGCAAUAUUGUUCUUGGUAUUAACAGUUUGUUUAAUUGCUUUUGAUACUCAAACCAAGGUUGUCUUUUUAGCUAUUGAAAAGAAAGUUACUUAUAAAGACGUGGAUGCUCUCAAGAUCUUGCUGUAUGUUUCAUCUUCAGCUGCUGGAUAUAACAUGCUUCAAUUAUGCAAACACUCUUGUUCUUCAAUAGGAUCUUAUGAUAUGAGCAUGGUUUGGAUUAGUUUGUUACUAGAUCAGAAAAUGGCUUUAGGUGGAGGAGGUCCCCAAAGAGGAAGUGCAGCUGCUACUGCAAGCAUGAGGAGAAGGAAAACAGCAGGUGGUGGAGCCUCUGGAGGAGCAGCUGGAACUAUGCUUCAAUUUUACACCGAUGAUGCUCCUGGACUCAGAAUCUCUCCUAGAUCAGUAAAAAUAUCCUCCCCACACGUGGACCAAAACUUUUGA